AUGCCCGUUCCAUCAAAGAAGAAUUCAUCACCUACCACAAUGAUUCCAAUCAAAGCUGAAGACCUUUCUCAGCCGUCUUCUAGUAGUGAGGGUACAUCGACAAGAGCGACGGACAAGCUUCCAAUGAAGCUGCAUAAGCGUUCACGGUCCGGUUGCUUCACAUGCCGCCUACGCAGAAAGAAGUGUGACGAGAAGCACCCAUCAUGUAGCGCCUGCAUCAACCUCUGUGUCAAAUGUGAAUACAAACGCCCUGUUUGGUGGGGCAAUGCUGAGCAAAGGAGGAUUCAAAAGGAGCGCAUCAAGAACAAGAUCAAGCAAACAAAGAUGAACGAGCGCAAUGGAGCUUUGACUGGUGAUCCCUCGGCCCGCAACCGCAGUAUGGCCGUGCCGUCACCCACAUCUCCAGAGUACGAGCUUAGUCGACCUGCUUAUCCAGAGCAGUAUGAUAUCUUCGCAUCCCAUCUGCCUACUCCGGCCUUUACUCAGAAUAUCUAUGGACUGCCACACCCUUACGAAAUCGAUGUCAAGACGGAGCGACAGACAUUCAUCAACGACGUUCCACUACGCCACGAUUCUUGCAGCUCAACAUUCAGCACAUUUGCUCCUCCCCAGCUGAACGCUCCCUUACCCACCUUCCCUGGAGAGGAUUGGUUCCAGGAUGAAUAUUUCGCGCAGAUUCCUACGCUUCCGGGACUCGAUCCAGCACUCUGCGAGCAAACUAUCGGACAGACAUACGCGAUUCUGCAGUCAAGCAUACCCGUCAGUGAUCAUGACCGCCCGCUUCUCGAUCACUUCAUCUACAAUGUUCUCCGCAUUAUCUUUCCCGUGCUGGAAGCUCACCAACGCGGACAUGUCCGAGCUCAAGCCAUUCUUCAGGCUUUGGAAACGAACAAGUGCUACCUUCACUGCUGCUUGAGUGUGGCCGCUAUCCACCGAAAGACGACAGAAGGUAUUGUUGGAGAGCAGAUUGAUCACGAUAUCAUGCGCAACCGUUUCGAGGCAGUUUCACAGCUCUGCUUGGCUCUCGGAGAGGACACUAACCACGAAGAGAUUCUCGAUGCAACUCUUGCCAUGAUCUUCUUCCAUUGUUCCGUGGGUCCCGCGGACGAUUAUCUCCCGGAUAUCCCAUGGUUCGAUCACUUCCAAGCCGCAUCCAACUUGGUGAACCGACUGGGCCUAUCGUCGCCUGUACCCCCCUGCGGGAACCCAUACAUGCCGCCUCCGUUCACUAUGACAUUGGCUUCUUGGAUCGACAUCCUAGGCUCUACCAUGCACGGAAAGACACCCGAGUUCGCACAUACGUAUCGCUCCAAGCACCUCAGUGGAUCAUCUCUGGGUUUACGUGAACUCAUGGGCUGCGAUGACCGCGUCAUGUACUUGAUUUCAGAAAUCACUUGCUUGGAGGCAUUGAAAAGGGAGGGAAGGAUUGAUGAUCUGGCGGUCUGCUCUCACGUUUCCGCCCUGGGACAACAAUUGGAAUUCACGGAAUCGCCGAACCAGUCCUUGGAGAGCCCGUACCUGCCCAAUGGAGCUUUCUCCCCAACGGUCCUGACCAACAACAUCACGGCGAUUUUCCGACUCGCAGCCAGGAUCUACCUCUGCAGUCUGGUUCCUGGAUUUGACCGUCACCAGCCAAGUAACGCUAAUCUGGUUGCAGCGGUUGCCAAUUCUAUUCAGUACAUUCCAUCUGGACCAGAAGGGUUCGAUCGUUCGGUGGUCUGGCCUCUGCUUAUCGCAGGGGCAUUUUCCGCGCCGAACAGCUCUUUCCGCAACGUUCUCGCCGACCGCGCCGCUGCUCUUGGCGACCACGCAGAUUUGGGCAGUUUUGGCCGCAUGUACCGAGUUCUAAAAGAAGUGUGGCGGGUGUCAGACGAGCCUAUCGAGCCCCUACCGAGCCAGGAUGCUAGCCCCUCGUCUUCAGCAAACGGCAGCAGCAGCCCCGUCAAGCGCGAGAAGUCCGAGUCUCCGAAGGAAAGUCCUGCACACUGGGAUGCAGAGGAAGUGAAGAAACCGUUCAUCCACUGGCGGGAAGUGAUGCAGCAAAACGGCUGGGAUUAUCUCCUUCUCUGA